AUCUCAGUUGCGUACAUUUUAAAAAUCCAUUACCAUUCUGCUGACCAUUUAAAAAAGUACCACCCUAAACCAAAAGACCCGAAAAUGGAGAUAGCAAGUCUACCAAUUUCAGCUUCUCAAAGAGCGAAACUGAUCUCCGCUGGCUACAAUUCUAUAUCUUCGCUCUCCUCAGUUAUUCCUGCCCAACUAGCCCGAGAUUUGGGGGUUUCGGAGAAUGAGGCCAUUGCAAUUUUGAAAGUUGCAUCUCAAAGGGGUGGAGUGGAGAGACCACAUGAAAGUCAUCUUGCUAUUGUUAAUGGUAAGAAUAAUAAAUACGUCACUGCUUAAUGUUGUUAGGUCACAUUUGCUUACUCCCUGUUGCGAGUCAUUUUCUGUUUGGGAUGUGUUGUCGUUACUUAACUGCAUUCUUGAAUUAGCUUUAGCGAAAGGUACCUGCAUCAUUUUUUACAGCUGCAAGUCAACUUAUUCUUUGAUGAUCUUUUAUGGUUCUGAGACUUUAAGGAUUCAUCUUAUGUAUAUUGGAUGUGUGAAUGAAAUCUGUCAGUGGUGCAUUAGCUGUUUGUGGCUUCAAGUUAGGGAUUUUGGUGGUGCAAUAAUUAGUUCCAGAGUAACUGAAUUCCUUGUCUCUGCAAGUAGCAGCUUAAUAAUAUUGCUAGAUGCACCGUUAUAACUCAUAGGUGUUCUGUCUGCCAUUAGCUUAUCUGCAGAAUCAUUAUCUUGGCAUUGGUCAUAUUUAGAGGUGUUCUGUAACUUUCUGUUCUUGUCCUCUAGCGGAUAGUUUUGUCCAGUCAAUGUUUCAUUGAAUUUGGACUCCAGCGAAUCAUGGAAUUAGUUAUCCUGUUGGACAGGAGCACAGUCUGCCUGGGAUAUGUUGCAUGAGGAGGAAGCUUGUAAACGCAUUACCACCUCUUGUUCAGAUCUGGACGACAUCCUAGGUGGUGGAAUAAGUUGCAAAGAAGUCACUGAAAUUGGUGGAGUGCCAGGAAUCGGUAAAACACAAAUUGGAAUUCAGCUUGCCAUCAAUGUCCAAAUCCCAGUUGGUUAUGGUGGCGUCGAAGGGAAAGCAGUCUAUAUAGAUACAGAAGGCAGCUUUAUGGUGGAACGUGCUUCACAAAUCGCUGAAGCAUGCAUCAAGGACAUGCAAGAAUAUGAUCACUUUCUCAGGAAGGAUUUGCCAGGCUGUCAAGCUAAACUGACAUCAAAUGAUUUCCUUGCCAAUAUAAAUUACUUUCGAAUUUGCAGUUACACUGAACAAAUUGCCGUCAUAAACUACCUGGACAAGUUCAUCUCAGAGCAUCCUGAUGUUAAGGUUGUUAUCGUUGACAGCAUUACAUUUCACUUCCGCCAAGAUUUUGAAGACAUGGCUCUUAGAACUCGGCUACUCGGUGGAAUGGCCUUAAAGUUGAUGAAACUUGCCAAGAAGUUCAGUUUAGCAGUUAUUCUGUUGAAUCAAGUAACUACAAAGUAUUCAGGUGGUUCAUUUCAUUUGACUCUUGCCCUAGGUGAUAGUUGGUCACAUGCUUGCACAAAUCGGAUCAUUCUGUACUGGAAUGGCAAUGAGCGAUGUGCACAUCUUGACAAGUCACCUUCACUUCGAUCAGCAUCAGCUCCAUAUUCAGUUACAGGUGAAGGGAUCCGAAAUUCAGCUUCAAGCUGUAAACGAGCUAGAAUUACGUAAGAUUAAUCAAAUCUUUACGAACCAAUAGUGGAGGUGUUUUCCUGUGGUUUGUAGCUUUGUAAUUACAGGAAGUAUGUGUGUGUCUGUUGUCCGAUGAAUGACUUGGAACUAUAUACAAGGUGAUAAGAACAAAAACAAAGCUGUUUUGUCAACUCUCCUGUUUCUUAAUGCACUUCAUUAGGACUAGUACCGCAUCUUAUAUACAUAUGCGGAAGCCAACCGGUUGCCAACUGAAUUAUGUUUAUGAAAGUAAAUAAAACAAGUUGAGGUGAAAAUUAGACUUUGAUUGCAAGUUCUUAGGUUGUGUUAGAGUUGUAAACUUGUUGGUUGAGUUUUGAUCAGAAUCAAGUGUGUUGGAAUUGUAUUAUGUAAUGCUUGCUAAAAUAAAAUAAAAUUCCUGGUUCUCUUUUCCUGCAAUAAAUUUCAUUAGGAAACAUACUACUAGUAAAACAGUGAAAAGAGAAGCUGAUUGCUAAUAAGUAGAAACUGAUUUCUAAAUUAAACAAUCACUUUGAGACGGAAAGAGAGAGACCGAAAGAGUAAAACUAGGCCAUUUUAUAAGAAGAAUCUUCGAUGGCGCCGCCUGUACAGCACAGCCCCUC